GAGGAUUAUCCACAAAUGUCCAAUUUCAAGUGGAAUGAUACCUUCACAAGGUUAAAGUUGGUCAACAUGAACAACUUGAAAAGGGCUUUUAGAAUCUUACUGAAUUCGAUAAACGACAUCAGUAAUUAAUCUUUUUUAUCACUUUAUAGGCCCUGUACAGCCCAAACUUAGCUUUAAACCGGCAGCUGGUAGAUACCACCUCCAGACAAAGUCAUUUUCAGACUAUUCUCUUGGCUUUAAUCCCCUAUCGUAAUAUUGUUUUGCUUGACUGCUGCCUGUCUAAGGGUUUCAGACACAAAAUUGUAAGUGCCAGCCAAAACUGCCUUUAACCACUCUAUAUAUUCUACAGGGCAAUUAGGAGUAGAAGGAGGAUUUCCUAUAUGAUCUACUGGGUUCAAAAUAUGAUUUGGAGAGCAACUUGUAUUUUCUUGAAAAGUAGAUCUACAUACGAUUAUCUAUGCCUACAGUGUACCCUAUCUAAUGGAGCGCCUGUGAUUGACUGGUGAAGAGGAGAUUUUCUUAAACCUGGACCAGCUUUCACACAAACAUCCCACUCUUUACACUAACGCUUAAUGCCAGAAGACAUAACAGGCCAAUACACCCUACGAUUGACAGAUUUUGUGGCUCUUGAUGCUACCAAGUUCUUAAUUGAUCAACUGACCAAGUAUCUAACCAGUUAGACACCAUUUCAUAAUCACAACUUACACCAUUGUCAUCAGCAGAAUUGCGAGACCCUGACUCCGCCGAAUUGAAUCUAUCUACGGUUCUCACAGAAACAAUCCCAGUGGGAGAGGACAAUGAAUUUCUGUCCAAUUGCAUGGGCACUAAUCUGUUUGACUACCAGAAUCUACAUACUCCCCCAAAUGACAAUCAGGACAAUCCUUGCGUUUGCAGUAACUGAAAGGCCUGGACAAACCAUCGGCAUUAAAAUGCAACCUCCCUGGCCUAUUCUGAAUGGCAAAAAUCAUACGUCUCUAAUACUGAACGCCAUCCAGCCAAACUUCCUUCUGGAUUCCUGAAAUUCUUAAGCCAGAUAAACGAUGCAUGAUAUGUUUUGAUCGUGGAAUGUCUACCCCCACAAGACAUGUUGAUACUGCCUGAUAAAUGUAACCACUGCCAACUACUUCAUUGUAAAUGGUACAAUAACUGACUUCUGACUUUUCAAUGUUCUACUGGCAUAAGCUAUAACCUUCUCUUCACCAUUCUGAAUCUAAGACAAAACAGCACCUAUACCUAACAUGCUAGCAUCUGUAUCCAAAAUAAAUUCUGAUGUACUAUCUGGAUAAGCUAGAAUAGGAACUCAACAAAGAGGUUCCUUAAGACUCAAAGGAGGUCUGACAUUUAGAAGUCCAACAAAAUUUCUUCCCUUUUCUAGUUAAAUAAUUUAAGGGAGCGGCAAUGGUUGAAAACUCAGGAAUAAACCUCCUAUCGUAAUCAGCUAGACCUAAAAGAACUUCUAACAUCAGACAUGUUAUUAGACACAGGUCAUUCUUUAACUUUGUAACAUUUACUAGAAUCAUACUGAAUUGCUUUGUCUGACGCUAUGUGACAUAGAAAUGGUACUACAUUUUGAAACAGAUCACAUUUGCAAGGUUUCCCCAAGUCAAAUUCGAUGGCCCAAGUCUAGUAAACACGAUCUUAUGAUUUUCUAAAACUUGAUCAAAACAUUUUCCAAAGGCAAUGCUGUCAUCUAAAUGGCAAAGGCAUUUUCCCCAUCUCAGACUUCUGAGAACUAAUUCAAUUAACCUCUCAUAACAACUGGGAGCAUUGCACAUGCCAGAAAUAACCGGAAAAUUGUAUCAGGGUUCUACCAACUGAGAAUUUUCUUUUCCAGAUAAAUUGCAACUAGGCCUCUCAUACGUAGACAGUAAAUGUUGAGGGAGCUCUGGAGAAAUAAGAUCACUCCCAGGCUCUGAAUUCAAAAUGUAAACCUCGUGUACAGAAGCUACAAUUGUGUGUUUCUUGAACCUAACAGGACUGUUGGAAAUAUUUACAAUUAAAGAUAAAAUCUUCUCUGGAUUGCCUAAAGUCCUACAUGUAGAAACUAGCAGAACCUUUUGAUUAAAAAGCUGAUAGGGCUCAAUCAAACUUUGUACAGAUUUGUCAACACUGUCAAAUGAAUAGGUAGGAACUAUUACAAUAUACCAAUUCGCAGUCAGGGGAAACAACUAUGUUCUUGGCAACUUUAACUCUAGCCAGACAAGAGCUGUCUCUCUUCCUAACAGAACAGACUGACCUCCAAGCACUAAGAGACCUCUGGAUAUAUGAAAUGCCACAUCAUUGCUCUCGGAGAAAUCGAUACCAACUCAAUUUUCCCAACUCAGUAACAAUGAAUUCAUAACAAAAACAUAAUAUCUCCUAUCCGAAAUUCUAAGGCAAUAUUCCCUAAAACACGCAUUUCACUAACAUCCGCAGUGGACAAAAACAAAGAGCAAGGUCUAAUAGGGGGUCUAUUUUCUAAAUGCAUACAAACAUUGUCAAUCAAACAAGCCUGAGAACCAGUGUCAGCUAAAAACUUAUUUACACGUUUUCUGCACCAAGUUUACUCUAAUUUUCUGAGGAACCCUAUGGGCUUCUAGGGUUACCCCUACCUGUUUUCCUGAAUAUUUUCAGACUGGGUUGAAGCAGAUUUGGUGUUACUUUGACCUACCUUAACAGGGACAUUAGUGUUUUAAGCCGUACAAAAUUUUGCUAUAUGGCCCAAUUUAUGACAAUUGUAACUUUCUACAACUUUUCCUAACUGACGUUUACCUUCCCGUUGCUUAUUAGACAGUUUAUUAAUUCAAUGCUAAUUUCUAAAGACUUCAAUGCACUUAACAAUUCAUCAGGGGAUUUAACUUGACUAGACUGUACAGCAACAAUUAGGCUUAGUGAUAGAAAUGUGUUGCCCCUUAACUGCUUUGAAUUAUGUGGCUGAAGAAAUAUCACUCUCUAAUACCUUAGGAUGGUGUAAAAUGACACGAGACCAAAUGUCAGUAUUCCCAAUGUUAUUCAUAAAUUGCUCUACAAUGACUAUUUCCCUAUCUGCAUAAGACAUGUCUGGGAAAGCUAGAUUUCCUAAUCUCCUAAGAGCAUACCCCUGAUCAGAGGGACUUUCCUCCACCUUGCGUAAUUGAGGUCUACUAUGAGCUCCUGGGGGCAAAAUAUAUGUACUAAAAUGGAUUUAAGAGUACCAUAAUCUUUAAGUUGGCUUUGAGAUAUUUCACCUAAUAUGUUCUCACCUUAAAAGGACAUAAUACGCUGUUGGGACAUAUAUGCAUAUGACCAACCAUCAACGGCAUACACUUGCUCAAAAUGCACAAGAUAAUCUGGCCAAGCUCGACUUCUACCCCCACACUUGUCUGGUUCUUUAUCUUUUCUUAACCUGUCUGUGGGGACUACUAGUAUCUGCAGAGGCAGCAGACAUAGUUGUCUGCAACCUAUCAUGACCUCUCGCAUCUCUCUCAUUCAUUGCAAAAUAUAUUGGUGCAGGUGCUCUACUUUCAUGCAUUUCUCUUAUGCUUGCUAGAGAAGUUUCUGUUUUCUGUUUUUCUCUCAUUCACACCCAAAUGAAACAUGGCGUCUACAUCUCAAUGUCUGCUCCAGCUCGUCUCUGCAUCCCUGGUAGUCAGAUAUCAGCUCGUUUAGUGCUUUCCCCAUAUCUGAAAUUUGAUUAUGAAUACUCUGUCCUUCUACACUCUCGCAUUCAUCCACCACAGAGGGAAAAGGAGAAUGACGACGGACAGACAAAAGCUUACUCCUUGCACCCUGGGUAGAUUAUAACUUUUCAACUCUAGGUGUCGAUGUAACUCGCCCUACCAUAUCAAACUAGAAGGAUGUGAAGCCGUGGUUUUUUAUUCAGGAAUCCUGGUCACGGCACCAAACUAUGUAACCGAUAAUAAAGAUUAAGGAGGCCCAGGUUCAAACUCCGAUAGGGUCCGUUGACCAUCCCUGGACUUGCAAGUGAAAGUCCUGUCAUGGGCUACAGAAUCUGGGAGCCUGGGUUUAAAUCCUGGUCUGAUCUGUUGCAUUUUCUCCCUUCCUAUUACAUUUGGUGCCGUGACCAGCCCCUUGAGCUGACAUGUGAAAAGGCCUGCCUAGGGAUUAAGGUUCUGGGUUGAUGUCUUCAAGUGUGAAGACAUUAAAGGAUGGAGGAAUGUAGCAGGCAGCCGAGUUCUAUCGCCGGUGCCGGACAGCUCAGUUGGUAGAGCACCUGACAAGGGGGCCCGUGUUCGAGUCCCAGUCUGGUCCGUUGUAUUUUCUCCCUUUCUGUUACAUUUGGUGCCGUUGAUCACUCCUGGACUUCAAGAUGAAAGUCCUGCCAGGGGCAAAAGAAUCUGGGUUGUGUCUUCGAUGUCGGAGACAGUUUAAGGAGGGAGGAAUGUGGAGGUCAGCCGGGUUCGAUCGCCGGUAGUCGGAUAGCUCAGUUGGUAGAGCACCUGUCUAGAAAUGCAGGGGAUCCGGGUUCGUAUUCCAGUUUGGUCCGUUGCAUUUUCUCCCUUCCUGUUACUUUUGGUACCGUGAACCAGCCCCUGGAACUGACAAGUGAAAAUACCUACCAGGGGAUUAACAUCCUGCGUUGAUGUCUUCCAGUGUGAAUACAUUUCAGGAGGGAAAAAUGUAGCAGUCAUAGGGGUUUUAUCAGCGGUGGUCAGUUACCUCAGUUGGUAGAGCACUUGACUAGAGAUUCAGGGGGCCUGGGUUCGAAUCCCGAUCUGGUCUAUUGCAUAUUUUCCCCUCCUGUUACAUUUUGGGCCAUAGACCAGCCCUGGAACUGACAGGUGAAAAUGUCUGCCAGGGGAUUAAGAGCCUGGGUUGAUGUAUACAAGAGCAAAGACAAUUUAAAGAGGGAGCAAUGUAGCGGUCAGCCGGGUUCUAUAAGCGGUGGCCACAUAGCUCAGUUGGUAGAGCACUUGGCUAGAGAUUCAGGGGGCCCGGGUUCAAAUCCCGGUCUGGUCCGUUGCAUUUUCUCCCUUCCUGUUAUAUUUACAUCACAAAGACUUGUGAGUGAUGUAUUUCACUUGUAAUUCAACAAUUGCUUUCCUGACCAUCAGAAAUACCUUUGUUUACGCAUUGUAAACAUUGAAAAUGGGGAAAUAAAAUUUGAAAAAUUUCAGUUCAAAUCGUUGCCACACACACACAUACCCCCCCCCCCCUCCCCCCAAAAAAAAACAACCAAACACUAUUCCUUUUUUUAAUGGUGGUUCAUGGUUUGGGGGAGAGCUAGAUGAUAUGUUCUAUGGGAAGGAGGUUAUAAGGGGUGGGUGGGUGUCUUAUUGAAUGGGAUUUUUAAACACUUUUACAAUAUCACUUGCAAAUAUGUUUUAUGAGUUUUUAAUGGGAAAUAAAUAAAACUAUUCUCUAAGUCCAGUUGUUCUCCCCUUGACCACUUCCUGUUGUAUACAGACGCUGGAUUCUGUUAAUUCAUGUCUGUAAAUUAGUCCUACAUGUAACAAAUUAUGUAGGAUUUAAAGAAGUUGCUUAUUAUUUGAUGAGUGCUGCUAAGUAGUUGAUGAUAGAGUAAAUUUCUAAUUUACAUUAAAGCAUGUUAAUAUUGUUUGUGUUUGGAAAUUUUGGCUAAGAUAAAUGAUGUAAAAAAAAUGUGCAAAUGUUCAGAUCGAAAUACUUGUCACAGAAUUUUGAAUUCACAAGGAAUAUUUGAACCCAGCUUAUAUAGAUGUUUGCAAAUAAAUAUUCUGCAUGUAUGCACACGGAAUCCCAUUUUCUCUGAUCGAUGAGACAUAUUUAUAUGUUUAUAUGCACUUUAGACGUGUAGUUCUAGUUCUAGGAUAUUGACAACCUCUGGUGCAUUCACAUUGAACUUCUCAGUGAAAAAAGACCGAUAGACUUGUAGCCAGGCAUUGUAUUUACAUACUUAUUGUGCUACUUUAGGCUACAUUAUUGUAUUUUCAUUGAACCGAAACAAAGCGACUGGUCGUUAAGUGGGCGGAUCUAACUAUAUGACUAUAUUUGUCGGUGUUGGCUACUUACGUGCACAGCAACUGUGAUCAGAGUGUUGUGGCUCCUUUGUCCACCGUUUCUUCUGAGUAGAAGAGAUCUUAGAAUAUCUAGAAACAUUUUUUGCAGACCUACAUCCGUGUUUGCGAUACCUCGCCAUCUGUCAAUUUCCGUCUGCUGACAACGUAAACAUUGUGCCGAAAAUCACGCGCAUGUGUCGUUAUACGUUACAAUCGUUAAAAACAUCAGCUCGGUACUGCCUUCAAAUUAUUUAAUCAAGAUUUGGUUUCUAUUGUUAAAUGCUAUGUAUCAAUACUUUUAAAAAAAAAAACAACCCAAUAUCAACAAGAAUCAUAUUCAAUCAAUGUUACGACAUCCAUGACCUACAUACGUCAGUUUGAGUUGCACAAUGACUUCAAAAACGUCACAAUCAUUUCCCCUUAAUACGAGUAUUGAUGGUACUGCUGUUCCUAAUGAGAAGAUAGAGAGUUUCCCUAUACAUAUAUCCCAAUCUAAACCUUUAAUCCGUGUGACCACCUUACCGCGGGGGUCAUGAUUUGAACAACCUUGAAUGUACACUGUACCAGGAAGCUUUCAUGUAAAAUUCAAUUUUUCUGGCCCAGUGGUUCUUGAAAAUAAGAUUUUCGAUUAAAUGACCACAUCCCACUUUUGCCAUUUCUUGAUACCCCCCUUCCCUUUAGGAAGGAACAUGACCCUUUAUUUGGAGAAAUCCAAAUCUUUUUACCAAGAGAUGAUUUGUGCCAAGUUUGAUUAAAAUUGGCCUAUUGGUUCUUGAUAAGAUUUUUAAAGAGCUGUCUCAAUUUAUUUUUUUUAUUAAUUCCUAUUGUACUGGCCAGAGAUGAGACAAUUUUCCUUGUGAGUGCGUUUAAUUUUUAUUCGUUAUGAUGAUGUCGAUGAAUACGAUGAUUAUGUUGAAUAUGACGAUUACGUUGAUAUGAUGAUUACGUUGAUAUGAUGAUUACGUUGAUAUGAUGAUUACGUUGAAUAUGCUGAUUACGUUGAAUAUGAGGAUUGUGUUGAUUACGAUUUACUACAAUAAAUGUAAAAGAAUAACAUUGUAACUACAAGUUACUUCAGUCAAAUAUGAUCAUGCAUCCUAGCAAUGUUAAUUAUGAUGUAGUACACAUCUUAGCAAUGUUAAUUGUGACGUAGUACACAUACUGAAAAAGGGUAUAUUAUCAAUAGAAUUCACUUCAUUAUAACUAUAAUAGUUACUAUCGACUAUACUUACAUAAAUGUACGAUACCUAAAUACUGACACAUGUGCAAAGAGCCAUAGCUCUUUCAACCAGAGACAAAGAAAAAACACACAUGGCGCAGAUGGAGUUAUCUUCCGUUUUUACAUAAUUAUGAAUCUUGCAUACCGAGUUGCAUACGUGACCUAACACCCAAACUUCAUCAAUAGCAUUAUAUAUAAUGAGUGUAAAUAUGAUUGCAUGUACGUACUGUAUACUUAAAUGAUAAAUUUACACUGAAAUCACUAAGUAUGCAUUCUAUCAAAUAAAUAAAUAUCAACCUACUGCGCACUGUCCUGCAUUGCUAAACAUCACUUUCUGUAUCUGUAUCUGUAUCAUACUCAAAAAGAUAUGUUAUUGAGGAACUUGGUGUGUGCGCAUCGAGGUAGUAGUCGUGCUGGUAACUUUCCUGCAGUGCAAUAUAACAUACAAAUACAAACAGUCACAACAUAACAUACAAAGUUGACACUCACCAAGUAUAUGUUGGUAAACUUUUCUAGAGUACCAAGACAUUUGGUGCUGAGCGAAGCGAGGGACCAAAUCGAGGGGCGAGAGAAAAGUUUAUCAACAUACUUAGUACAUUUUUCACACGAGAAUGUUGUGAUUGCAUUGAAGAGGCAGAUUCUGAUAUAGUUAGAGGACAUUCUUUGUUCAUGCAUGCAAUUGGAUGACUACAUCCAUUUAUAUUUGUUUUUAAGAACUUAAGAAUGUGACCAACACAUUGAAUAGUCGUUGUUUUUUCUAUUCUUUGAAGCGGGUGCAUGAUUAUUUAUUUAUAUUUGAAAUCCUAAGCUCAAAAUUUUAACCCAAUCUAUGAAUGAAUGACUUAAAUUGUUUCAUGAGUGUUGCAUUAGAAAACUGAAUAAAAGUUUUCUUAUAACAGUAUAAGUUCCUUGGGACAGGAUGUGAAUAAAUAUAUAAAUCAAGACACUCCAACCAGUUUUAUAAUUAGAUUGAAACAAAGCUCAGGCGAGUUGUUAAAACUGGGGAGUCGCAGCGAUUAAAACACCAAACUGUGGAAUGAGCCGUCAAAUUCAAUUACUCACAGAUGGUUGAUAAACUCAAUAUGCAGAGCAAGUGAGAAGUGGGAGUUUAAAAUUUUGGAUUAUUCAACUGUUACAUGCAGCUGCUUCUUAAAAAAGAUGUAAGUAUGAAUAUAUUUAUAAUCAUCUUUAAUAUAUUUCAAAUUUACUGUGUAAAUUGUUCCCAUUCUUAUCAUGUUUAUGCUCAAAGGCACUUGAAGUUAAUGUAGAUAUUCAGUAACUCGUGCUAGGUGCCUGUAUUUGGUUGUUGCUCUGCUAAGUUCACUUCAAUACUGUACAUGUAAAAUACAUUGUUUUGUACAUUUGUAAUAAAUACUACACUAUACAUUUAUUAUUUUGUACAUGUAUCUAAAGGUCGUUUCAGUUAACUAAUAUAAAUAUAUGUUUGUGAUUUAAAGCUUGGAAAACUUGUAUGCAUUGGAGGCGACAGUGUUCAAACAUGUGUUCAGGGAUACUGUCCUUUUUUAUGGCGACAACCUUAGCAUUGCAAUUAAAUUGGAGUGGGAAAGGAACAAAAAGACGGCUAUCAAAUCUAGAAUUAAGAGACAUAGUAAAGGCUAUCAGGAUAAAAAAGAAAAUCUGAAAGAGCGGCAAAGGCAACAAAAGGACAGCGAGGAAGUGAGCCAGGAUUGAAAACUUUUAAAUCAUUAUUUUCCAGAAAUGUCUACCAUCAUCUAUUUCAAACCUAUUUUGUAACUUUUGACAAUUUAAUUCAUAUAAAAAAUCAUUUUACAGAGAAUCAUUUGUAAUGUUUUCUUUCUAAAUUUAUGCAUUAUGAAUGCAGGUCAAAAUGUGUAUUGUACUUUUUCAAACAAUCAUGGGAAAAGGUCAAUAUAAGUAUAAUUUACAAAUGUAUUUUCAACAGGUAUUCAUUCAAUUUGUUUUCAUAGAUGUAAGUUACUAGUAUAGCCAACAAUUGACCAACAAAAAAGAAGCUUUAGAUCAAUAACCGUCAAUAUCCGACCUAUCCUUUCAACCAAUGAAGGGCCAACCUAUAACCAACCAGUCUAUUUGUCGGCUGUUAGUUGGCUUACAAUAUUAUCUACGUUGGCCCAACAGUAAUGUCAUCAUUUCAACAAAGGGCCAACCAAAACAACCAACUACCAAUAUUAUAUUGGCUGUAAGUUGGCUUACAAUUAUACCUACAUUGGCCCACCAGUAUGCCAACAUGUUGGACCAACGUUGGGCCGAUGAGCAAAAUGACCGUGGGCCAACAUAGGACUACCAACAGUGGCCCAACGUUGUAAAAAUAAAUUGGGCCAACAUUGGCCCGACGUUGUCUUGCUAUCUGGGGAGUAUGUCAGAAAGCUUCCACAUAAAUUGAACUUUUCCGGCUCUGUGGCACAGACACUAGCUUGUUUCUGUAAAUAACUUACGAUCUCCGUAUACUAAUAAUAACAUGCGUUUAUUAUUAGUAUACAGAGGUCGUAAGUUAUUUACAGAAACAAGUGCAGGCUAUGUCCUGUGGUUAUUGAGAAGAUUUUUAAAUGCCCCAUCCUGUUUUUACGAUUAUCUCCCCUUUGAUGAGGACACAGAGGACAUGACCCUUCACUUGAACAAACAUGAAUUCUCUUCACCCAAAGAUGAUUUGUGCUCGGUUUGGUUGAAGUUCUGGAGGAGAAGAUGAAAAUGUGAGAAGCUUACGACGCCGCCAAUGACGGACAACGGAAAGUUUUGAUUAGAAAAACCCACUUGGACCUUCGGCUCAAGUGAGCUAAAGAGUAAUCAGAAAACGCGAGCCUUCAGCUUAGGUGAGCUACGCGUAUUGACACAUGUAACACACGUGUCCCACUAAAGCUGAAAAGUUUAUUUCUAACAGGACCGAAACAGCUGAAUGACGAAAUACGAAUUUAAUUUAAACUGGUACUCGGAGGAACCAAACUCAAAACAUCCGGUCACGUUUUGGUGUGUUUGUAUAACUUUGUAUACACGUGUGUUAUAUAAUGCAGUUCAUCUCCAAGUUUGUUUAAGUUACGCAAGCUUUUUAAGCACGGCUGGGUUUUAAAAGGUUACAACUUGAAUCUUUUGCACAAACUCGGUAAAAUGCUCGUUUUUGAGACGGACACAAACAAUUUGGCGAUAUGUGCCAUUGUGACAGUUGCCAUGCAGUUUUCCUUCUUCUUGUUGGCGUGCUCAUGCAAGUUUGACAAAGUCACGGACUUUGCAGGGGGCACGAACUUUGUUAUUUUGGGAGUACUAACAUUUUUCCUUGCAGAAACAUACCAAUGGCGUCAGAUUAUGGUGACUGUUUUCAUUGUUAUAUGGGGCCUUCGUCUUUCUGGUUAUCUGCUCUACAGGAUUAUAAAGAUUGGAGAAGACAAACGAUUUGAUGAUAAGAGGGAAAACUGCCUGGCAUUUGCAGGAUUCUGGACCUUUCAGGCAUUUUGGGUGUUUACAGUUAGUCUUCCUGUAAUAUUUGUGAAUGCCCCAGACAGUGCUGUUUAUCUGACCCCUGACAAUGACUGGACACCACAGGACAUUAUUGGUGCUGUACUGUUUGUUACAGGAUUAUUGAUUGAAACCUUUGCAGACUUUCAGAAGUUUGGUUUCAGAAAUAAUCCUGCCAACAAAGGCAAAUGGUGCGAUAAAGGUGUGUGGAAAGUCUCCCGCCACCCUAACUACUUUGGCGAAAUCAUCAUUUGGAUUGGGAUGUUCAUUAUCAGCACGAGUAUCUGUGUGGAUGGGAAGUGGGCUGGAGUUCUCAGUCCACUGUUUACCAUGGCUAUUUUACUCUUCCUUAGUGGUAUUCCGCUACUAGAGAAAAAAUCAGAUGAGAGAUAUCGAAAAGAUGAAGCUUACUUACAGUACAAGAAAAGGACCAGCCCUCUGAUCCUCCUACCCCCUUCCUGCUAUGGCUGCCUUCCAGGGUUUUUUAAAUGUCUGUGCUGUUGCGAGUUCCCCCUGUAUAAUUAUCUAGACCCAGAGGAUGAGAAAGUCAGUAUCAAGCCUGUUGGUAAUGAAUCUAAUAGAGAACAGGACAAAGUGUAACCUCACCAGAGCUACAGGACCCACACCUUACAGGAGCCACGCACUACAGGACCCAAAUGCUACAGAACCCAAACGCUACAGGACCAACAUCUCACAGGACCCACACCUUACAGGACCCACACACUACAGGACCCAAAUGCUACAGGACCCACACCUUACAGAACUCAUACCUUACAGGAGCCAUGCACUACAGGACCCAAAUGCUACAGGACCAACAUCUCACAGGACCCACACCUUACAGAACCCACACCUUACAGGACCCAAACGCUACAGAACCCAAAUGCUACAGAACCCAAACGCUACAGGAACAACAUCUCACAGGACCCACACCUUACAGGGCUCACACACUACAGGACCCACACCUUACAGGACCCACACCUUACAGGAGCCACGCACUAUAGGACCCAAACGCUACAGGACCAACCUCUCAGGACCCACACACUACAGAACCAUUUUGAUACAGAACCCACACAUCACAGGACUCACAUCCUACAGGACUUGCAUCAUACAGGACCCACACACUACAGAACCCUUUUAAUACAGGACCGGCAGGUCACAGGACUUGGAGCUACAGAACCCAGAUGCUACAGGAACCACAUGGAUGAAGCCAAAAAAAUAAAUAAAUGAAAUAGGUGUGUUUCCUAUUACAUCUUGGGGAAAAAAAUUAGGAUUGUUGUAGGCAAAUAUUUUUUCUUUGGUUUUUUGUUUAUUCAGUAAAAAUUUGCCUGGUAUCACUGGGGAAGAAACUUAUACACGAUACAUACAUUUGUGAGUACUGACAUGUUGCAUCAAGUGUUCAGUAAUGGGUAAAAUACUAGAAUAAACCAAAAAAUGACAUUUUGACAACUGAUUUUACUCUAUUUCAUACAUGAUUGCAUGUGAAUCUGUGUUGGUCUACUUGCAGAAAGCAUACACGACACCAUUUUGACAAUUUCCGAUUUUCCGAUAAUUUGAAUAUCGAGCCUGUACUUAUUAAAUUUAUUUAAUUUGAGAAAUGAAGUGUACAUAAAUUAAGGACUGGAAUUUAUCUGAAAAUUGGGUCAGGAAAAAAAAAUUUAAUUUAGGGUUGGUCGGGUAAACGAAAACACACCUUUUUUUUUCUUUUUUCUUUUGGCUUAAUGGAAAAACAAAGAGUGAGUUUAUGCCUGAACAAAUAGUUUUAUGCUGAAAAGAAUGGUGGAAUGAAACCUAUCUCAGAUACAUUUCCUUUCAAUGUGACAGACUGUUGUAUCACAACGUAAUUGUACUCGUGUGUCUCGCAAUGUAUCAUGCUUUUCAAUUAUAUUGUCAUAUUUUAGUGGUGCCAUACUUUAGUGGUGCUUCAGAUGAACAAAUAUUACUUUAUUUUAUUUGAGAGAUUGUAGAUUGAAUGAGAAAGUAAAAUUGUAACUCAAAGGGUCAGUGAGUAGAUGUAUGUGUUAUUCAAUCUGUGUACAUUUAUGUUGUAGUUCCUUCUGAAUUUUUGUCUGACGGGUUUUUUUUUUGUUUUGUUUUUGGUUUUUUUAUAGUUUUAUGAAUACUGAGUCAUGCUAAUUUGAAACAUCGUUCCUGUAAAGGACAAAUAAGUCUUUUACAAAGACUUAGCUACAUGUUUCCAGUCACUUUUGCUUGACACAUCACAUCUUCAACAUUUGUUUUCUUACAAGCUUUAAUCUCGAUUAUUUUAAGUCGUUAAGAAUAUCAAUUUAUUCUACCAACAUACUAUUUUAUGAACAUGUGAUAUAUAGUUCUUGCUUUUUAUUUAUUAAGUAUUUUUUAUAUAUCAUAACAUUAUAAUCACUGCCUUUUGUGAUUUGUAUCAUUUUCAUGAUUAAAGUGGAAUAUAUUUCACUAUA